UCCAGUAGUAUAUGCUCUAAGGUAAACAGAGAUUUGUUCACGGGGAUUGGAGAAAUAGUAGUAAAAUAAGGUGCAACGUGUACGGGUUGUCAAAAUCGAACUUGAAAGUAGAACGAAAGUGCAGUAAGCGAUUCAAAGAUGAUGAACGGGGACGGCGACAAAUCGUCGGAUUCCCAAUUUAUAUCUUUUCAAGAUUACUCACCAAUAAAUCGUUCCGCUGGUGGUGGACAGGCUCAGCUGGAUGUUGAUACACCCGACAAUCAGGGCUUCGUCGGAAUCCAGAAUGACAGUACGGGAAUCGGAAUGAUCGAGGACCUACAAGGAAUGCCGAACAAAAAUGACCAAGAACUGCAGCACAAUUUCUGGAGCAUCGAAUACUACCAGAAAUUCUUCAAUGUCGACACUGACGACGUUGUGCAAAGGAUAAUCAGGUCCAUAAUACCGCGAGGGGGCGAGAAUUAUCUCGAAUCCCACAUCCGGCCAAAGCCUGAUCUUUACGGCCCGUUCUGGGUCUGUGUCACAUUGAUAUUUGCCAUAGCGAUUAGUGGGAAUAUGGCUAAUUACCUUCAGACAGCAAAUUCGCAGGGAUUUCACUGGCGGUACGAUUUCCAUAUAGUUUCUUAUGCCGCUACCGCCAUUUUUAUGUACGCCUGGCUGUUACCCCUUGCACUUUGGGGCGCUCUGAAAUGGUCUACCAGCAAGCGAGAAGAUGACAACGAAUUAAUCGAGUCGAAUACUGCUCCUGGGAUCCUGGAACUCCUGUGCCUCUAUGGAUACUCCCUGAGCAUUUACAUACCCGUCGCCUUUCUGUGGACUAUACAGAUUGGUUGGCUACAAUGGACACUUGUCGCAAUCGCUGCAUUCAUGUCUGGUGGAGUGUUGUUGCGCUCUUUGUCACCAGUUAUAGCUGGUAAGCACAAAGCUAUUUAUGCUAUAACAAUCCUAGGAAUGCAUUUCUUACUUGCUGCUGGUUUCAAGAUGUAUUUUUUCCACAAUCCACGAUCUACUCCUAGUGCCAGCCAAAUUAUCGAAGUUGUAACAACAGUUGCGUCAGUUGUUAAAGCAGUGAAUAACAGUUCGUCACCAACUUAGACUAGCUUUAAACUAUACUUAAUUCAAUUGUCAAUUACACACAAGAUUGUAUGAUAAACGUCUCAUUGAGUACAUCGACGUAGCAAAUUUCAAAAAAAAAAAAAAAAAUUGAUUGCCCUUAUAUUACAUAUUAAUA